CCAGCUCCUCGGGACCGGCAUUGCGGCGGGCAGCCCGGGGUCCUGCGGGGCAGCAUGGACGACGAGGAGGAGACGUACCGGCUGUGGAAGAUCCGCAAGACCAUCAUGCAGCUGUGCCACGACCGCGGCUACCUGGUGACGCAGGACGAGCUGGAUCAGACGCUGGAGGAAUUCAAGGGGCAGUUCGGGGACAAACCCAGCGAGGGCCGCCCGCGCCGCACCGACCUGACCGUGCUGGUGGCUCACAACGACGAUCCGACCGACCAGAUGUUCGUUUUCUUUCCCGAGGAGCCCAAAGUCGGCAUCAAAACCAUCAAGAUGUACUGCCAGCGCAUGCAGGAGGAGAACAUCACGCGUGCGCUGAUCGUGGUGCAGCAGGGAAUGACCCCCUCGGCCAAGCAGUCCCUGGUCGACAUGGCUCCCAAAUACAUUCUGGAGCAGUUUCUGCAGCAGGAGCUCCUGAUCAACAUCACUGAACAUGAGCUGGUCCCAGAGCACGUUGUCAUGACAAAAGAAGAAGUAACCGAGCUGCUGGCCAGAUAUAAGCUGAGGGAGAACCAACUCCCCAGGAUCCAGGCUGGGGAUCCCGUGGCCCGGUACUUCGGGAUAAAGAGAGGCCAGGUGGUGAAGAUCAUCAGACCGAGUGAGACUGCGGGCCGCUACAUCACCUACAGGCUGGUGCAGUGAUCAGAGCUCCCAGAUGUGAAACAGUUGUGUGACAUCUGAUCUUCCCAUCCACCGACAGCUCACAGCUCUCUCAGCUGUCUGUGUUUGAUGGCUGAGGAAGUCCUCUGUCCCUGCUGCCUCUCCGCAGUUGUUUGGCCCAGUUCCUCAUUUUCCAGCAUGGAUUUUGCUGCAAAUCCUUCUGCUUCAUUAAGGAAUGCCAUGAAAGCACCUCGAAGCACUUGAAUUACACAGGAAGAAAUGAGUGGAAAGAGGCUUUUGCUGCCCUGUUCUAUGAGAUCUUAUUUUUAAUAAAGGUUUAUACUUGCUGUUC